AUGAUUACAAGGCAAGGCUGGUAUGAGCUACGCAUUGAUAUUGUAUCUCCUAAAAAUGAAGUGGCACAUGCACUAUAUAAUGUUUUCUAUGUCGGUGAUGCGAAGUCACGAUAUGAACUGCUUGUUGAUGGAUAUAGUGGAACUGCCGGGGAUAGUUUGGGGACACAUAAUGGACAUAAAUUUACUACUAAAGAUAAAGAUAAUGACAUACACGAAGGGAACUGUGCAGUGGAUUUUAAAGGUGGGUGGUGGUAUGAAAAAUGUCAUUUUUCAAAUCUUAAUGGUGACUAUGGUAACACUCAAUAUGCGAAAGGUUUGUCCUUGUAUCAUUGGAAAGGAUAUUACGUUUCAAUGAAAACAACAGAAAUGAAGAUCCGGCGAUGGCAGUCUCCGGAUAUGGUGUAG